GACGUCUGAACUCCGAAUUUACUAUCCUUAUCUUAUCAUCACUGGCACACGCAAAGUUAUCUCACUCCAUCGUUGAUUCACCUAGUACUCAAUGUAAGGUGAACAGACCAGUGUAGUGUACCUACCAUGAGAUCGUUCAAAUUAACAUCUUGAAAAUGAAAUUCCUCUCGUUCGUCGCUAUCAGCGCUCUACUAAUUGUUAUUCACCCAGUUAAUUCCCAAACGCGAAUCCCUUCGUAUCUGCAAGAAUGUUACGAGGAGAAGACGUUCCGUGGACCUCACCUCCCGCUAAAUCUACAAACAUUUAUCGAUAUCAUAAGAAAAGCUGAAAAAUAUUCCGAUGGGUCCAUAGACUUGAGAAUUUUCACUUCAUCUCUUCUCCAUCGAUUCAAAUUCGAUGGAAUUGAAUGGCAUAAGGAUCUCAAAUUUGAGGAGGGAAUUUUGCCCUUCGGUGGAACCGGUCCUCAGAGAACGAAAAAUCAAAUUAUCGAGGAGUUAGUUCCAGGAAAUUAUAAACAGUUCCCGGAUAAAACUUUAACGAAACUGGAACGUUGUGCUCUUCAUCGCGCCCUUUCUAACACUAUUUCCGAGCAUGAGGAUUCAUCCAGUGAUAAAUUCUGUAUGGAACGGCCAACGGAAAAAAUAGCUGAAAAUAUGGUGCCCGCGGGGAUGAGGAAUUGUCCUCUGGAAUUCGGUGUCAUCCUGACGCCGUACGGAACCGUAGCUCCAGGAGCUUUGAUCGCAGGCAUUGCUGCUGCCCUCCAACCCCAAACGGUUGCCGUCAAGUUGCUCUUGAAUAUUCCUGAUCAAAAUAAUUACAAUGAUUACGAGGUCGACAUUAUGAUCCCCAAGAGUGAAAUGACACCCUUCAGAUCUAUGUGGCUCAAUUCUAUUCUCGCAUCUGAUACCAAGCUGGAUAAUGUUUGGGCCUCAACUGUUGCUGGCGAUUUAGCAGAAAUGGCAGUCCAUCAAGGACCAUCGAUGGGCAAUCGAAUGCUACUUGGAGCCACUGGAUUCUGGAACAGUUCCAUAAGACCUCAGAUAUUUUACCUACUUGGAAAAGAUGGAAGUUUUGAUGCUACGAGAGCAGAAAUCGUCGGAGCUGUCGAUGGCUUUAUAAUCGCCAAAUAUCUGAAACAGUGGACCUCAAACUUUACCACCCUUCGGCUCAGUGAGCUCUUGAGCAUGUACUAUUCCUCGAAAGGUGUAAGUUUCGACUCGUCAGUGAAAGCCUGCAACCGGGGUAAAUCCUUCUGGUAUAUGGCGUCAAUGACAACCCUAGAACAACAGGUUUUUGCAACUUCCCAGAUUUUAGCUUAUCGCUGCAGUGCUGUCCACAUGACGGACGAGGUAUUGAAGAAAAUGGUCCACUAUUCAGUGACUAAAUUUUCAGAUUACGUAAAUAAUCACUUAUUCCCCGAGCUUCACUGCAUUAAGGAAAAACGUUAUCCCACAGUUGAAGUCUUAGUGACUUUGGAUGGGGCUUGGUCGCACGAGUACACAACGGAUUUUCUAGCCGUUUUACUAGAAGAUCUGAAUGUCUCUCCCUUCGGCUCGAGUAUUGGACUCAUCAACGGAACAACUGGUGAAUGGCUUUUAAACGUCACACAAAGUUUUUCCACAGCGCAUUCAAGAAUUUUGAAUCAAAUUUCAUCGGAAAAAUUAAAUCUCGUGAAAAUUUUUGAGGCUGCAUCUAAUUACUACACGAAUAAAUGGAAUGAGCUUCAUAAAAAUCACACAAUCGGAGGAUUGGGUCAAGCAAUCGUGAUGCUAGCCCCUCUGAUUCAACUGUCUGAAUCUGACGUCCAAAAAUCACUCAAUUCUUUAAAGAGAAUGAGGACUCGCCACCCAGAUAUCCACAUAAUUUAUUACACAACGCCAGAGAAGGCAGAACAGCUGCGACCACUUUUAACAUCCUCAAAUGACUACUUACUAUCGACUUUGAGGAUCAGUGACAUCAAUGAUUACCUCCUGGAGCUUCCAAGGAGCAUCAGGCCCAGACCAUGCAAUCCAAACGUGACAUUAGGGAUCAGGGAUCAAGUGGAGGGCUACGUUUAUCCUCAGGAAGUGAUUACUUAUCGAGUGGAUCCUCUCUGGCGAGCCAACACCAAGAGAGUCACUGUAAAAAUGAUAGGAGUGGGAUAUGGUUCAUUGGAGAUUUGCAUGUGGAAUCAAAUGGAGAAUAGUAUUAAGAGAGAAUUAUUAUUCUGUAGAGAAUUGUCAGGAAAUGAUGAAACGGAAUUAACAGAUUUUUAUACGUGCAAAAAAGAUAAUUGUCCAGCUAUUUUUUACAAAGUUCGAGGACUCUCAUCGACGUAUAAAUGCACCGAAAUCGACUGUAGAACUCCCGAGGACAUCAGGUAUGUACUGCGAAUGGAAAAUCUUCAGUGCUCCACAGCCAAAAAAUUCACCCCUUCUCUGAUAGUCUCACUAUUAUUACUGUUUUGUACUUCAAUAAAAUAUACUCCUAAACUAUAA